AUAUACGUACAAUGUACGCAUACACAGCGUAUAGACUACGGACACACAUCUGUACUGUUCUCUUUACUGCCCUCCUCCUACGCCGGCCAAACCCAUUAACGAACCGACACUUGCAGAUCUACUUGUCUCUCUCUCUCUCUCCCUCCCUCCCUAUUCUCUCUCAAAUUUCUCUCUAGGGUUUUACCCUCCCCUUCUCAUCGAUCUUCAAAUUCAUCUCCCUCUCUCUCUGUCUCUGUCUCUGUCUGUGUCUCUCUCUCUAUAUAUAUAAUAUACACAUGUAUAUAUGCAUAUGUAUUAUCGAUACUUAGAUUGUCUAGUUAGGGUUUGAGUUUCGAUUUUGAUGAAGAUCUAGUUCGGGAUUUUGCUUGCAGUUUGAAACCCUAAGUUUGGGAGCAAUGCAAAGCUCGGGGAGCUCGGCGGCCCAGCCGGAGGCGAUACUGGAAUGGCUGCGGAAGGAAAUGGGGUAUCGACCAUUAGGACCGUACAACGCUUCGAAUAAGGCGGCAAUGCCGUCGAUUGACUCGCUUCGGAAGAUUUGCCGUGGGAACAUGAUUCCGGUGUGGAACUUCUUGCUGAUGAGAGUGAAAUCGGAGAAGACGGUGGAGAAUAUUCGCCGGAAUAUACUUGUUCACGGUGGGGACGAGAGUGGUAGCACCACUGCUGUGGUGGAUCCAGUGAAAGCUGUGGAGGUGGGGAGGGGUAGAGGGAGGAGGAAAGAGAAACUGGGGGUGAGUGGGGAGAGCUCGAGCUCGAGUUCGAGUUCAGUGGAAAGUAGUAGAGAAAUCGCAUUGCAGGAGAGGGAUUUGGCGGAGAAGGAGGUGGAGAGGUUGAGGCAUAUAGUAAGGCGGCAGCGAAAGGAAUUGAAGGCCCGAAUGUUGGAGGUUUCACGGGAGGAGGCAGAGCGGAAGCGAAUGCUUGAUGAGAGGUCAAAUUACAGGCACAAGCAGGUGAUGUUGGAGGCUUAUGAACAACAGUGUGAUGAAGCGGCAAAAAUAUUUGCUGAGUAUCAUAAGCGACUUCGUUACUAUGUUAAUCUAGCAAGGGAUGCUGAAAGGGUCGGUGUUGAUUCUUCUAUUGAAAUUGUCAACAGUUACAGUGCAAAUAGCGUGAAAGAGGCUGUUUAUUCAACUGUUAAAGGCACCAAAUCUGCAGACGAUGUUAUUCUUGUAGAAACAACCAGGGAAAGAAAUAUCCGAAAGGCAUGUGAAUGUCUUGCAUCGCAGACGAUUGAAAAGAUUCGAAACUCAUUUCCGGCUUAUGAAGGAAGUGGCAUCCAUUUGAAUCCUCAAUUGGAAGCUGCUAAGUUAGACUUUGAUUUUAAUGGGGAUAUGUCUGAUGAGGUUAGAAAUGCAAUUCUAAAUUGUCUGAAGAGUCCUCCUCAAUUGCUUCAGGCUAUUACUGCAUACACUCUACGAAUGAAAACACUGAUUACAAAAGAAAUAGAGAAAAUUGAUGUUAGAGCUGAUGCAGAAACUUUAAGGUACAAGUAUGAGAAUGACACAGUAAUGGAUGUUUCUUCUCCUGAUGUGAGCUCACCGUUACAAUAUCACCUUUAUGGUAAUGGAAAAAUUGGACUUGAUGUGCCUUCAAAGGGAACUCAAAAUCAACUUCUUGAAAGACAGAAAGCACAUGUUCAGCUAUUUGUGGCUACUGAAGAUGCACUUAACAAAGCUGCAGAAGCUAGGAAUUUGUGUCAAAAACUGAUGCAACGUCUGCAUGGAGGUGGUGAUGCUGUAUCUUCACAAUCACGCGUUGGAGGCACAUCACAAAAUGUGGGCAGUCUGCGGCAAUUUGAGUUGGAGGUUUGGACCAAAGAAAGAGAAGCUGCUGGAUUGAGGGCUAGCUUGAAUACAUUAAUGUCUGAAGUACAACGCUUGAAUAAAUUAUGUGCGGAGAGGAAGGAAGCUGAAGAUUCUUUGAGAAAGAAGUGGAAAAAGAUUGAAGAGUUUGAUUCCCGCAGAUCUGAACUUGAAUCUAUAUAUAAUGCUUUACUUAAGGCUAACACGGAUGCUGCUGCAUUCUGGAGCCAGCAGCCAUUAACUGCAAGGGAGUAUGCAUCAAGCACCAUUCUCCCAGCAUGCAUGGUGGUUGUGGAGAUAUCAAAUAGUGCAAAGCAUCUUAUUGAUGAAGAAGUGUCAGCCUUUUAUCGGAGCCCUGAUAAUAACCUCUACAUGCUUCCAUCGACCCCACAGGCACUCUUGGAAUCCAUGGGUGCUAAUGGAUCUACAGGAACCGAAGCAGUUGCUGCAGCAGAAAAGAACGCAGCUCUAUUGACUGCUAGGGCUGGUGCUAGGGAUCCGUCAGCAAUUCCUUCUAUAUGCCGCAUUUCUGCUGCCCUUCAGUAUCCUGCUGGUUUUGAAGGUUCAGAUGCUGGUUUGACAUCAGUAUUAGACUCCCUAGAAUUCUGCUUGAAGCUUCGUGGUUCCGAGGCUUGUGUGUUGGAGGACUUGGCAAAGGCCAUCAAUUUGGUCCAUAUACGGCGGGAUCUUGUUGAAAGCGGUCAUUCAUUGUUAAAUCAUGCUUACCGUGCACAACAAGAAUAUGAAAGGACCACAAGUUACUGUUUGAAUUUAGCUGCUGAGCAAGAGAAAACUGUCAUGGAAAAGUGGUUACCCGAACUAAAGCAUGCAAUUAUGAAUGCUCAAAAAUGCCUUGAAGAUUGCAAAUAUGUCGGGGGUUUGCUUGAUGAGUGGUGGGAACAACCGGCAUCGACUGUUGUUGAUUGGGUUACAGUUGAUGGGCAAAAUGUUGCUGCUUGGCAUAAUCAUGUGAAACAGCUUCUCACAUUUUAUGACAAGGAACUUCUAUGAACAAAACUUUUGAAAACCUGGAGCAUUGAGGUUCAUUGUAAGUGUAACUUGUUAACGUCUAUUCUCUUCGCACUUUCUUGCCAAUUUUGGAUGCCAUCUAAAUCAGAGUAUGUGUUAAACAUUUUAUAGUCCCCACUUGUUCAUGAGAAAAAAAAUGGUAGAAUCGAUUGAGGAUAAAACUAACAGGUUGGUCUUGGGACAUGGGAAACAAGGGGAAGGAAGGCCGAGGGGGGAUGGCGAGGGUUUGUUGGGUUUCUAUUUGUUGUUGCAGCCACACCAUUUUUUCGUAUUCUGUUGUUCAUUUUUGUAUAGAUGGUCCUUCCUCUAGAAGAAUCUUUUGUAUGAUAGGUAAUUCAUUGUUCCUGGAUUCGGGUGGGUGUCUUCUGCAAGAUUACUGUAACAUUUGUGGGAAAAAAAAAAAAAAGAUUUAAUGCCAUUAAAUGGUAGUGUGGUUCA